GUUGAGAAUAUGGAAAACAAAGAACAGCUCCAAACAGUGCCCUGGUGCUGGUCAGAUGCGUCGUUCAAACAGAAGCUUUUGUUUUCUUUUGGGUUUGUUGUUUUACUUCGGCUGCUUGUUUCACUUUCACCUUACUCUGAAUCACAAGGACAAGCCACUCCUCCGCUUUAUGGAGACUUGGAGGCGCAACGGCACUGGAUGGAAAUCACCUUGUCUCUUCCUCCUGCAGAAUGGUAUAGGCAGACUGCAGAUAAUGACCUGAAAUACUGGGGGAUCGAUUAUCCACCAUUAUCUGCAUACUAUAGUUGGGUUUGCGGUAAGAUCAUAGAACUUUUUGAUCAAGAGGUUGUCAAGUUGCACGUUUCACGAGGAAUAGAAACCGAAAGUUCCAAGUGUCUCUUAAGACUUUCUGUAAUCUUGAGUGAUGUUCUAUUCUUGUUGCCGGCAUGUCUUCAACUUUGUUUGAGACUGAAUAGAAAAGGAGAAAAUGAAACGCUUUGGUUAUUUGUCACGACGACAAGUGAACCUUGUUUACUCUUAGUUGACCACGGUCACUUCCAGUAUAAUGGUGUUAGUAUAGCCUUAGUGUUGUGGUCAAUGAUUACACUACUUGACUGCAAUUUUAUUUUGGCUUGUAUAUUUUAUACAUGUUCCAUCCAUUUCAAGCAAACUAGUCUCUACUACUCGAUAUGCUUUACAACAUACUUCCUCUCCAAGUUGAAGACACAGCAGCAAUGGAAGCGAAAGCUGCUUCAUUGUGUCAUUGUAACCAUCUUAGUGUUUGUCGUUAUUUGGUGGCCUUGGUUGAAGAAUUGGCAAAGUUUUUCACAAGCAUUGGUUCGUAUUUUCCCUGUUUCGCGAGGUUUGUAUGAAGACAAAGUAGCAAAUUUCUGGUGUACGUUGUCACCAUUCGUUAAAGUGCAUCGACUGCUACGUUCGUCUUCUCUUCUAUUCAUAUGCAGUUUACUUACUGCUGGCACGUGCAUACCGUUUGUGGUGAUCAGUUGGAAACAACCGAGUUUGACAAACCUUUUGAUUUCUUUUACGGCUACACCUCUAUGCUUUUACCUAUUUUCGUAUCAAGUACAUGAGAAGCAAAUCAUUUUGCCUUUUUGGUUUCUCUAUGACGGGACUUGCAUCAAUGUUUCCAUUGUUUAUCAGAGAAAAUCUGCAUCCAGCUUAUGUUGGAUGCUGCUUUCUGCAAAUCUGGUUGCGUACAAUUGCACCACGCACAAUUGUCAACGAAUUCAAAUGGACCUUUUCAAAGUUAUUAUAUUUUGCUUCAUUUCUUCUGUUGCAUCUGAUUUUGUUGUAUGCAAACCCUCCAGUUCGAUACCCUCAUAUAUUUAUUUUAAUGACCACCUCGAUAUGCUUUAUCUAUUUUGUGUCGUUGCUAGCUUUUCUCAUUUGGAUAUCUAUGAAGAAGCGAAUCCAUUGCAAAUUGGAUUGACGGGUCUAAAAAUGGCGAUACCGCCUUUGGCGUCCAUAACACCAGAAAAACUUGUCGAAUACUUACUUCAAGGCGAACUGCGAAGUGGCAAGCUUACAAUUGUUGACGUCCGUGAUGAUGAUCGUGCUUUAGGCUAUAUUGCUGGCUCAUAUUGGUUAUCUAGUGACGAAUUUUUCAAGGAUGUUUGUGCCAGUGUGAACCUUCUCUUGAAGGCUCAUCCCAACGCAACAAAGUUUGUAUUCCACUGUCAACUCAGUAAAGUCCGAGGUCCUUCUUGUGCAAAAUUGUUUCGAGAAGAGACUGCCACAAACCAUCGAAAUAGGGCCCAAAACACGGAAGUUUUCCUUCUAGAAGGAGGUUUUCAAGCUUUUUGCUAUAAAUACGGUAGAAAUAGAGAUCUUGUGAAUGGAACGUGAAUCUCUUUUAUUAAGUUUCUCAAGUACGAUGGGGCCACUUUGGAAAUGAUUUUCUUUCCUAUCAGUUGUGCGUGGUUAUUGAAGUUUGACGAUUUGAGAGUUUUGUGCUUAGACUGAGAGCUAUAGAAGUAUGUAUUGCUUGUUCUGGAGUAUAUGAUACUGUUCAUUGUAUAUAUAUAGUAAACUCUUAGCAUUUAUGGAGUUGUUAUUAUUAGUAUAUGCAAAUAGGGAGUUGAACGACUUCACUCACCCUUAUAAGUCUCCCUUGGUUCUCUACUGAAUGCCAAAGGCAAGUGUCCAAUCCAAUUUUGGAAUUGUGGCGGGCUCUUCAAACACUACAGAACGGGAAGUUCUUGCGCUCAUUUCGUUUUUUGCACUCCAACAAACAAGGGAGUUCUGAGUUCUGUUGUUCGCUAAUACUUUUUAGUGGACGGAGCGGGGUUUCCUCCUAGAGAAAGUAUGCAAUGCUGUAAGCGAAUCAAUGUUUCAGUUGUUUAGUUCUGAACAAAGUUGAUUGUUAGAAACAACUCUCUACGUGUGUGUUUUAGUUCAA